GAAGAAAGGGAUUAAUCAGAGCUAGUGGUGGUACUGAUCCAGAAAGGUGGCUUUCGAGCUUCUCGUUACGAAAAACCAACACGUAGAUCUCGGUGAACGACUUAAAGGAGCGGUUAUUUACGUGUCUGACUCGAUCUGAGAUUUAGGGAUGAACUGAAAAUGAAUGUCAACCAGCAACCUCACAUGGCUUCUCCUUAUGGACAGCCACAGUCUGGCUACCAGGGAUACCCACCCUCUGGUUAUGGGGGUCAGCAGGUGCCCGGGGGAUAUGCGGCUCAGUAUCCUCCAUACAACGGGCCCGCAUCUAACUACCAAACAGGUCCACCUCAAGGAUAUACUCCUUAUGCAAGCUUUCCCUCUAAGGCUCUUGCGGCAAACUUAGUCUCUGACCUGUCCUCUUCCUCUCAACUUGACUUGGGUAUGAGAGGACCCCAAACCCCCAACGCACCCCCGGUGUCUGCAGCGCAGCCCUACUCCCAGUUUGGGCAGAGUGACGUACAGAACGGCCCACCGUCGAUGGGUGCCCCUUCACAAAGGCCACCUGUGUCUCAAGGAGCAAUGAACUUGACCGGUCCUCAGCCUGCAUACAACCAGCAGCUUGGGUCAUCAACCACCAAUAUGCAGCAGGUGACCAAUCAGAUGGCAGGCAUGCAGGUUGGGGCCACUGUACCCUCCUCAGCUGGCUCAGGCUACGCUCAACCUGCCAUCUCCCACUCUCCUGGUUCAGCUCCUCCAUCCUCUUUUGCCCCCACUUGGCCCCCACCCACUUCUGGUGCGCCCCAUACAUCAUCUCAGUCCUAUUACGGCACUCCUCCUUCUCAGCAACCAUUCCCAGGUACAGCCCUACCUCUCUCCUCUGCCCCUGGUCCUACCCAGCUCCCUCCUCCACCCUUGGCUUCACAGCAGGCUUACAGUCAGGCCUCUCCUUCCUCACAGCCUCAAUUCUCUUCAGCCCCACCAACAGGUCCUACUGCAUCAUAUGGAGGCCCACCACCACCAAUGCAGACCACUCACCCUAGAGCACCCCUUCCCACUUCCCAGCCUUCAGCUUUCUUCAGAGGGCCUCCACCCAGCUCUGCCCAAUCUCAGUACUCCACAGCCAUGCCCCCUGCCUCACAGCCCUCUCCAUUCCACUCAGGUCCUCCUCCACCUACUGCUGCUGGUGGAUUUCCACCUCAAGCAGGUGCACCUCCCAGGCCUGCACAGUCAGUCAUGCAAGGUCCUCCUAUGGCCUCUCAGGGGCCUCCCAUGACCCAAGCAAACCAUGUGACCCCUCCACAGCCUGGGAUGUUGCAUGGACCCUCUGCUCCUGGAAUGGCACUACCCCAGCCAGGGAUUCAGGGUUAUCCACCUCAGCAGAACGGUGCUUUUGGGCAAGUAAGAGCUCCUCAGCCUGGCUAUAGUGGACCAUAUCCUGGGCAGCAAGGCUACGGAGCUCCACAGACUGCACAAGCUCCACCUCCUGCAGCAAAGAGACUUGAUCCGGACUCCAUCCCCAGCCCGCAAGCCUCUGACAUACCGCCUGUGCAGAAAACAAGACAUAGAAUAGACCCAGAUGCAAUUCCCAGCCCAAUUCAGGUGAUCGAGGACGACAAGGCAAACAAAGGCACCGAGCCUUUUUUCACUGGGGUCAGAGGUCAGGCUCCACCCUUGGUCACUACCGACUUCCAUGUUAAAGAUCAAGGGAAUGCAAGCCCACGUUUCAUCCGUUGCACAACCUAUAACAUGCCGUGUACCUCGGACAUGGCCAAACAGUCCCAGGUGCCACUGGCUGCAGUCAUCAAACCUCUGGCUACUCUGCCUCCAGAUGAGAACCCUCCCUAUCUAGUGGAUCACGGGGAAAGCGGACCUGUUCGCUGUAAUCGCUGUAAGGCCUACAUGUGUCCCUACAUGCAGUUCAUCGAGGGUGGAAGACGCUUCCAGUGUAGCUUCUGCAGCUGUGUCACGGAAGUGCCUCCCCAUUAUUUCCAGCAUCUGGACCACACAGGGAAGCGUGUAGACUGCUACGACCGACCCGAGCUGUCCUUCGGCAGCUACGAGUUUGUAGCCACAGUGGAUUAUUGUAAAAACAAUAAGAUUCCUCAGCCUCCAGCCUUCAUCUUUUUAAUCGACGUGUCCUACAAUGCUGUGAAAAGUGGCAUGGUGAGGAUUGUAUGCCAGGAGCUUAAGACUCUGUUGGACUAUUUGCCCAGAGAGACCCCUGACGUGGAGUCCUGCAUACGGGUAGGUUUUGUAACCUACAACAAAGUGCUGCACUUCUACAACGUGAAGGCUUCUCUGGCCCAACCGCAGAUGAUGGUGGUCUCAGACGUGGCAGACAUGUUUGUUCCCUUGUUAGACGGUUUCCUUGUCAGUGUCUCGGAGUCCAGGGUUGUCAUUGAGAGUUUGUUGGAUCAGAUCCCUGAGAUGUUUGCUGACACACGAGAGACAGAGACAGUGUUUGGUCCUGUUAUCCAGGCUGGACUGGAAGCCCUUAAGGCUGCAGACUGUGCUGGAAAGCUGUUUGUCUUCCACACGUCUCUGCCCAUCGCCGAAGCUCCAGGCAAGCUGAAAAACAGGGAAGACAAGAAACUGGUUGGCACAGACAAAGAAAAGACUUUAUUCCAGCCCCAAGUGAGCUUCUAUGCCAACCUGGCGAAGGAGUGUGUGGCACAGGGCUGUUGUGUGGAUCUCUUUUUGUUCCCUAAUCAGUAUGUAGACGUGGCGACAUUAGGGGUUGUGCCCACUUCAACAGGAGGUUCCCUCUACAAAUACACCUAUUUCCAGGCCCAGUCUGACCAGGAGAGGUUUCUGAACGAUCUGAGGAGAGAUGUGCAGAAGCAGGUUGGCUUUGAUGCAGUGAUGAGGGUUCGCACAAGCACCGGUAUCCGGGCCACAGACUUUUUCGGGUCAUUCUACAUGAGCAACACCACAGACGUAGAGCUGGCGUGUCUGGACUGCGACAAAACCGUCACAGUGGAGUUCAAACACGACGACAAGCUCAGCGAGGAGACCGGCGCACUUUUCCAGUGUGCCGUGCUAUACACCAGCUGUGGUGGUCAGCGGCGACUGAGGAUCCACAACAUGGCAGUGAACUGCUGUGCACAGCUGGCUGACUUGUACAGGAACUGUGAAACAGACACCAUCAUCAACUACUUUGCUAAGUAUGCGUAUCGCGGCGUAAUGAACAACCCGAUCAAGAACGUGCGAGACAGCCUGGUGAACCAGUGUGCACAGAUCCUGGCCUGCUAUCGCAAGAACUGCGCUAGCCCGUCUUCUGCUGGCCAGCUGAUCCUCCCCGAGUGCAUGAAGCUGCUUCCUGUGUAUCUCAACUGCGUACUGAAGAGCGACGUUCUGCACCCCGGAGCAGAUGUCUCCUUAGACGAUCGUGGAUAUCUGAGACAGCUGGUCAGCGCUAUGGAUGUGGCAGAGAGCCAUGUGUUCUUUUACCCACGGCUGCUUCCAGUGCACAAGUUGGAUGUGGAGAGUGAUGCUCUGCCCGUGGCAGUCAGGGACUCUGAAGAGAGGCUAUCUAAAGGGGGCAUUUACCUCCUGGAGACUGGCCUGAACCUUUUCCUUUGGGUGGGUGUAAACACCCAGCAGGAGCUUCUCCAAAACGUCUUCGGCACCCCUGCUUUUAGCCAGAUCGACCCUGACAUGACCUCUUUGCCGGCGUUGAAUAAUCCAUUCUCCAAGAGGCUGAGGGAGAUUAUCGAGUCUUUCCGUGCCCAGCGCUCUCGCUUCAUGAAGCUGGUGGUAGUAAAGCAGGAAGACAAACUCGAGCUCAUCUUCAAGCAAUUCCUUGUCGAGGACAAAAACAACAAUGGCGGAGCUUCUUACGUGGACUUCUUGUGUCAUAUGCACAAGGAGAUUCGCACCCUUCUGAGCUAGGACAGCUUCCUUUUUCUGCCCUUUUUAAUUUGACACACCAGUUCUGUUCACCUGUCGUUUCCCCUCCUCUAAUGUAACCUUCUGUAAACGCAGGGAGGAAAAAUCAGUUUCUUUCUAUACUGUCACAUUCUUUUGUCUGUCCAUGAUUUGGUCGCCGUGGGGGGGGGGGGGGUGUGUGUGAGGGAGAGAGAGAGAUCAUGUUGGUGUACGUGAAUCGGCAUAUUGCGUGAGAGAUGCUGUUGAGAUUUCUCACCACUUCUUGAUAUAGUAACAGAUUAUCCAGCACAGCUGCAGUAAGGAUCAUUUUAUUCCUCCUGAACGAACACUUAAGUGCAGAAUUAACAACGUUAAUAAAUCAAAAAGCAGAAUAAUAGGCUUUAAAAGUGUGUGUGUGUGUGUGUGUGUGUGUGUGUGUGGACUGUGAGUGCGGGAACACCGGCACCGUAGGUGGGACUAGACAGCAUCUAAUGAUUGAACCUGGUUUUCUAAAAACAUCCCAUCGAAUAGAAAUUUCUUAUCGGAACAUCUUAGUUUUCCAUCAUUUAAUUUUUGUUGUCGUGGAUGUUUUGUCCAAUUAGUCCCCGUGUCCCACGGCCUUACGGACCCAUGUCUCCAUUUCUUACCCGUUUCUCUGCUAGUCUCUGUGUUUUUUGUUCUUCUUUAUUGUAAUCGCUAUUGGUUUGAAAGAGUGCAGAAACCUCUUGUGACCGGAUGAAUUAAUGGGAAGCAGAGAGUCCGUGUGCCGUUCACUUGUCUGUACAUCCAACUCUUCUGCUAAAAUAUACACUAUACAAUUCUAUGCAUCAGUGUAGGAACAUAAACGUGUCUAAAUGACGAGGGAUCAGAACGAGCGCCGAGCUGUGAUAGCGUGAGCGUUGAGAACAGACGACGAAUUCUCCUAUUGUGGAGAGGGUAUGGGGUCUAUCAGAAAGCUCUCCGACCGAGACGGACGAUGCGGUUCAGAUUAGCCAGCUGGACGGGAGUUUAUGCAGCCAAGCUUUUCUUAAUGACGAUGGAGAACUGUCGUCCAGAUGGCAGCCAUCUUCAAAGAAAGCGUCAGUACCUGGGUUUAUAUCACAGGAACAGCCACACACACUGUGUCUGCCGUCUUCACAGUUUCUGUCGGUUUCUUUUUUGGUUUUGUUUGUUUUCAUUUUCUUUCACUGUAUGAUCAAAUGCUAACGUGUACCAUAAAUCGUGGAUCAUUUUACAAUCCAAUAUUCAUUUCUAAACGUCUUUUUGAGGGAUAUAAUCCCGGAGUCACGUGCGGACAUCGCGGCACCGGGUCAUCGUCUACCCCGCUCUUGUUUUUCUAGUGAAAUAGCCCAUGUACAGUGAACAGCAUACGGUAAGAGUAGCGGAAACGAUUUAGAACUGCCGAUUUCUAACCAUUUUCAAGCAUGUGCGGGAUUGUGACCUGAAAAGCAAUCAACACUGAAUACCUUGUCAUCCACAUGUAUUUACAUGUACAGAAUUAAAAAUCACAUUUUAAACAUGA